UUUAGGGUUUUAAACACCAAAAAGACGUUUUUUUAGCAAUUAAAGAAAAAAAAACAGUUCUUUCACUUGGACUGCGAAUCAUUUAGAUGCAGGAUCUACUCUGGGGACAGUCUUAAAUUUCAAUCUCUCAACAGCACCAGCACGAGCGGCUGCACCGUUCAUUCCACAACCGCCAAAGGAGUUUCUGAGCAUUUCCUCCACUAAAUUCAUUUAGAGUCGUCUCUUCGGUUCAAAGAAAAUCACGUUAUUGCAAGUGCAGGAACAGGAGUACGGAGUUUAGUGCGUAAAAGAGGUAUAGAGCUUACAGGCAAAAGGUGUUACAUAUAUAGCCUAUUGUAUUUGCGGGGAAAGGGAGUGAGAAUAGCUGCCUUCAUCUCAUGAAAGUUGAUUUCCCCUUAUUUAUUACCAUGAAGCUCAUUCCAUUUCUCCGAACUACUCGUAUCCCUCCCACUCUCCUGGAAAAAGUUGGUCUGCCACAAUGUCGUUUCAUCCAUAAGUACGUUCCCAGAGAUCCAAAGGAUCCGCCAAAGCUUUAUAGAUACCCAACUUCCUAUGAUCCAUAUGGCCCUAGACCCCCACCAUCUGACAAGAUCAUUCAGCUUGCUGAACGUAUGGCUGCCUUGCCUCCUGAAGAACUCGCACAGGUUGGUCCCACUCUAAGAAACAAGCUACAUCAUCCUAAAAUGCAACGAAUUGACUCAGAAUGUACGGACCUUGGUUCUCAAGGAGGGGCUUCUGCUGGUUCUGCGAAGGUAGAAGAGAAGAAGGCAGAGAAAACAGCAUUCGAUGUUAAGCUUGAGAAAUUUGAUGCGGCCUCAAAGAUCAAGGUUAUCAAAGAGGUUAGAGCAUUUACUAGUCUAGGAUUAAAGGAGGCUAAGGAACUAGUGGAGAAGGCGCCUGUCAUAAUGAAGCAAGGAGUUACUAAGGAGGAGGCUGACAGUAUUAUAGAGAAACUCAAAGCGAUCGGGGGUGUCGCAGUGAUGGAGUGAAGUGCUGGACUUCUGUGACUUGCGUAAGUUUUAAAGGGUUUUGUGCAGGCAUGAUGUAUGAUCUCAUACGCACGCUUAUAGGGAACUAAAAAUGUCGUGAGCACAAAUUUCCCGUAAGUUGAGCGACUUCUCACCCCCUAACUCAACAUCGAAGAAUAAUUUUGUAGAGCUGAUUUCAGACGUACUGUGUUUAUAAAACUGCAAUCCUAGAAACUUCGGCAUCGGGAGAGAAGAAUUUUUGAUGUCUUUUUAUAUUCCCCUGAUUAUGAUGCCAAUUAAUAAUCUGGGGAGUUCAGCUUGGUAGUCUUCAUCCUUUCUUUAUAUGAACUUUAGUAUCCUUUCUUUUGGUAGAACUGCAAGAAAUGCUAAUAUUUCUAUUUUCUUUUUACGCAUUCAAGGGAACAGUCAGAAAUAUAAUUGUUCAAGUUCGUGAUA